UAUUAGGGUGGUCCGUAAUUUUGUUGUGAUAUGUCACAAGAGCAAUAUAAACAAUCAUGUCUUUCAUCUAUUAUAUAUUAUUUUCUUGCUUUGGUUCAUCUGUUUGAAGGCAUGAAAGAAAAUUAAGAAACCAGUGUCGUCGUGAUGUCUGAAGUAUAUGUGCAAGUUUUGUAUGAUUAUAAUUAUCGUACUGAUGAUGGAAAUGAAGUCAAGAUAAAAGCAGGGGAAGAACUUUUGCUCGUAGAAAGGUUGAAUGAAAAUUGGUGGCAAGUUAUACGCAACCAUAGUGAAUACCCAUUUUAUGCACCAUCAAAUUAUUUAAGUGUAAUUGGUUUUAAAUGUAAUGAAACCACUAAAUCUAGAGAUGUGAAUUCAAACUUUGCUCAUGUCAUCCAAAAAACACCUAAUCAAAGGAAUGUCAGCAAUGAUGAACUUUCCAAUACUUCUAUUAGAAGAGCUUGUGAGCAAAAAUCCAAGAAAUGUGAAGCAGCUCCAAAAUCCACUAUGGAAUCCCUUUCAUUUCGAAAUCCACUUUGUACUGAUGGAUUUUCAAAUAAUGAAGCAGAUUUAAAUCAGGAUGUUUCAAAUCAUGUGCCUUUUACUACAGAGCUUAAUAAGGAUCAAAAACGAUUUCUUUCGGAUUCAGCAGCUAAUGAAAAUUCUAUCUCUCAAGAUUCUUUGUCGCCAAUUUAUGUGAACAUACCUUUAUCGCUGGGUAGAUUGCCUCCAAUACCUAAAGCUGAGCAAGCACCAUUACGUUCCUUGUCAAAUGAUUGGUUUGAAUAUGUUGAUGAAGAAAGCGGACGCAAGUAUUAUUUUCAUUCCUUGUCUGGGAAAGUGACGUGGAAACCACCAAGACGACGGGAAAAUAUGCAUUCUACACCUCUUAAUAGUGAACCAAGUAGUCCACAAUCUCUUUUCUCUUCUAAUGUUCCUGAACCGCCACCAAAGCAGCUGAAACCAAAGCUAAAAAAACUUGCACACAGCAGCAAUGAAAGCUUGGAAUCUCAAACUUCACCAUGCAUGUUCACCAUUCUGCCUCCUGGUUGGAGUCAAGAAUCUGACUCUAGUGGAAUUGUCUAUUACCAGAAUGAAGCUAGUAGAAAAAAGUGGUUUUCCUCUUUGGAUGACAAUGGAAGAACUUAUUUUUAUGAUGAAGACAGUAGUGAGUCUGUUUGGGAGUUACCAGAUUUAUCAACUGUAUCAGACACUGAGGAAUCUAAGCAGGGUGAGAAAGUUCAGAAAGAAUUGUCUCAACAGUCAAAUGAAAAAGACAGGUCUCAAGAAAUGGCGUUAUCGAAAUCAACUACUGAACCAAUGCCAGCAAAGUUGCGCAAAAGAGCCCCCAAAUUGCCAGUUCCACGGCAGUUCAAAACAAGAUCUUUAGUAGUUCCAGAAUGUGUAAAUUUAGCGGGUGCUGAGGACAAUAAAGGUUAUUUGCCUGCUUCAUUUGGAGAAGGAUAUUGGCCUUCAGUGCAAGAUGGCCACUUUUCUAUUACUCGAAAAGGGACUUUAAACAAGACCAAACUUGUUGAAGGUGGAAAACGUAUUCGUAAAAAUUGGACUUCCUCUUUUGUUGUUCUGACUGACGUAUUUCUGUUGUUUUAUAAAGAUAUCAGAUCAGCCCACUUAGCAACUCCUGGAAUGAAGCCAGAACUUUGUAUUGAUUUGAAUGGGGCAUUAGUGGAGUGGUGUCCAGAAAAAUCUAGCAGAAAAAAUGUUUUCCAAAUUAGUACAGUUCUUGGGCAUCAGUUGCUACUGCAAGAUGAUAAUGCUCAAACAACCAAGGAAUGGUUUGAUACUAUUCAAGCUGCCAUAAUGAUGCUGCCUUCAAGUCUGGAGCAGAAUUCUUUACAUGGCCAUGAUGAAAGUUCAAAAAAAGAUGUAAAGCUUUCUCGCUCAAAGUCUACUAAACAAUAUUCAUCCAAAGCUAACAAUGAAGAAAACGACCUAGUCAUUCCAGCAGAGAAAAAGAGAAAAAUACGUGAUAAACUUCGGCAAUUUUUUGUUAGGCGACCAACCCUUGAGAGCUUAAGGGAGAAAGGAAUCUUAUUAGAUGAACCUGUGUUUGGAUGCCAUCUGGAAACUUUGUGUUCAAGAGAAAAUAGAACUGUUCCAAAAUUUGUUUCAAAAUGCAUAGAAGUAAUUGAAAAGAAAGAAUUAACCGCUGAUGGACUGUACAGAGCAAGUGGAAAUUUGUCACAAGUUCAAAAGAUUAGAAUUCAUGUUAAUCAAGAUGAUUAUUCUUGUUUAGAGCUUGAGGAGGACGUGCAUGUUUUAACUGGUGCCUUGAAAAUGUUCUUUAGAGAAAUGAAAGAACCACUGUUCCCUUUUAAUAUGUUUGGCAAGUUCUUGAAUGCUAUAGCAUUACCUGAUGCAAGUAGCAAACUAGUGGCUUUAAAGGAACUUGUAUCCAAAUUACCUGAGCCAAACUAUGAAACACUGAAAGUGCUAUUUGAGCAUCUGUUAAGGGUAACAAAGUACCAUAAGCAAAAUCGAAUGCAAAUACAGAACUUAGCUAUAGUAUUUGGACCUACAUUGAUGUGCUCUGAACAGAUGUCUAAUAAUAUUGCUUUGGAUAUGAUGCAUCAGAACCGAAUAGUUGAAUUUCUGUUACUAGAGUUCAAUGCUAUAUUUUGUGUCAAUAGUACUGGUCAAGCAAAGAACAAGUAAAUGUUGUGGCUUAUUGCAACAUAAAUGUAAUAAUCUAAAUACAGUAUCGGAUCCCUCUGCAUGCACUCCAUAAAUUUAAUGGACUUAAAAAUCUGACAAAUUUCGGAUUUGAAAUUUAUGUGAGGAAAGGAAUAAUUAGAAACAUAUCUAUUUGAAAAAACAUUUUUUUACCCUUUUGUACUUUUUCUAACUUUAAUUCAUAAAAGAUUUGAAAAAAAUUAUUAAUGUUUGUUAAUAAUUCUUUUCAAAUACGUUUAUCUCUGAAUUGGCUGAAACAAAGCUUCAAGCUGCAUCUAUACGGUGGAAAAAAGCUGAUCAUUCAUGUGAUUGUUUUCCUUCUAGAAUUUGGUUUAUCUCUGCUUUAAAGGGAUGCUCAUCUGAAAUAUAUAAUGCAUAAUUAUGCAUACAUAGUGACACUAGACUUGCCAAUAUGGAUACUUAAAUAGUAUCCAUAUUGGUAAGUGGAAUAGCUAUUUUUUGUCCUCCUAGGUCUGACCUGCAUAAAUGAAUAGUUGCAAUAUAACUUAAAGCUGACUCUUUCUCUGGUUGAAUGUUUGCUUUUCGAGCAUUAUUACAUCUAACUUUGGUUAGACUAGUAAUAAGCAGUUCACUAAAAGGUUACAUGCAUGGCUGUUUUUCUGUUUUUAACUUUACAGACAAUUCAAAGUAAACUGUUCUGCAAAUAUAACGAGGUGCUCAUCCUUCCAAAAGCAAUGACACCUUCCUAAAUACCGCAAAGAACCCUCCAACAGCAAGAGCCCCCCCCCCCCCCUCAGGGAGAAAAGUACCCCUAAAAAUUUCAAUGCCGUAAUCUGUGCCAUGACCUCCCUCCCCCCACCCCUAGUUGGUAGUUGAGCACCUUAAAUAUAAUCUUCAUUUGAAACUAUUUUAUAUCAACUACUCUACCACUAUUUUUUUUUCAGAAAUAAUUUGACUUCUUUUCUUUUUACUCUGCACAAGAAUGUCAUUAAAUUGAAAGGUUAGGUUCACUGUCGAAAGAGUUUAAAAUGAAUUAUCUCAUUCUAGGUGUUGACUUUUUCAACUAUCAAGUGUAUGUAUAUGUAUAUUUUCAAUAUUCUACACUUAUAUUAUAAUUAUUAUAUAUAUAUAUAUAUAUAUAUAUAUAUAUAUAUAUAUAUAUAUACACACACACACACACACUCAAAUACAUGCAAACAUGUAUUUGUUCACAUUUGUGCAUGUAUUUGUGCGGAGAUCAACAAAAACUGCAAAAUCUUUGAUGCUGGGGAAAUAUUUUAGGAAUCAAACAAAUUAUAUGGAAUAUUUAUUAAAUAUUCAAAGUAACAUGGCUUUUUAAUUUAUUCAGAAAAAACUAGUCACCAAGGUUUUAUUUUAGUCCCCGGGGCUUUGUCAUACGCCGUGUAUAUGUGUGUAUACUGGACUGGUUGUGCAAAUUUUGAUGGAGGAAAAAUUUCAUGCUGUCAAUUAAAAAAAAAAAAAAAUCACUGGUAGCACUGCACAAUAUGAAAACCUCCUUCAGAUAAAAUAUGUGUCUUUUGUUUUAUACUUUUGACUGAGGGUCGAAUUAGUUUUUGUUUACCACUCACCAUUUUCCCAAAACUGCAUGCUUUACAUAUUUUUUAAAUA